UGAACAUCAACUAACAUUCAAGCUCUAUUUUUUAGGUUUGUGGGUUCACAGGAUUGGAUGUGUGUACAACAGUGAAAACAUCACCAUCUCAGCUGCUAUUUAAGCGCGCAGGAGGAGAAGCCAUUUGAUCUGCGAGACUUUUUGGAUAACUUUUUCUUUUGCAGUUAAUUUCCUACGGCCAUUUUUGUUAUUUAGUUCUGAGUGAACAUGCGGCUGUGUAUCGCGAGCGUCCUCGCAGUGCUGCUGGCGCUGAGCUGUCCAUUCGGCAUGUCUGAAGUUCUAGAAACAUUCGAUAAAUGUAGUGAGUUUUUCUUGCGAGGACAGCCUCCGGUGAUUCCUGGCAUCCUGAUUCCAAAGUCUGAUCAUGCUCAUUACAAAAAAAUCUGUCAAAAAUAUAAUUCCCAAGAUAAUAAUCAAAGAUAUAUGUUUGCAACUCUCUACGACACAUCAAGCAGGAUUCCUGUUUUCUCAGCUUACAAAUACACUGGAAGAGGAAAUUUCGACAGACCAGGCGAUCUAUGGAAGAUCGAGCCGCAGCUCGAUCCUCAUGUUGGUGACAUGACUGUUCCAUACAAAAAUCAGGCCAUCAAUGAAGACUACUUCGCAAACAACUUUGGAAUGAAUCGUGGUCACUUGUUUCCCAGCAGUCACGCAGCUGAUGUAUUCACCGCCGAAUCUACAUUCACACUCACCAACAUUGUGCCACAGUAUGGGGCCUUUAAUGCCGGCGGUUGGAGAAGCAUGGAAAUUGAGAGUGGAGAUACCAUGAAUACACAAUGCAUUGACAAUAAUAAGAAAGUUUUAGCCCAUGUGCUGACCGGAGCUAUACCUGGUAAAAACAAACUAAACGAUAGAGUGAACAUUCCCUCUAGCAUGUGGAUGGCAUUCUGCUGCUAUAACAGUGGAGAAAGAUUGUGGGUCUCUCAAGCUUACUGGGCCCUAAACAAAAAGGAAAGGGAUGAUAGCGGGAUCAGUAGAAUGAGCCUGGAGAAAUUACAGCAAUUUCUGAGUGAAAAGUGGGUGGAAAAUGUGCAGCUGUUUAGGAACAACUGUAGAGAUGUCCCUAAAAGCAUCCACUAGGCUAAAAAUCCUUGAAUGACCAUUUCUGAUGUUUGAUAAGUGGUCUCUUUAGCUUUUCCAGAAUCCUAACGAUCCUAACUCUUUUUUUUACUUGCUGUUAUAAAUGGGCUGUCUGUAAAUUAAAUUAAAUUUAUGCAUUUAGCAGACACUUUUAUCCAAAGCGACUUACAGUGCAUUCAGCCUAUCAAUUUUUUAUCUAUCA